AUGGCGGCCCGUGUCCUCGGGGCCCGCGCCCUCUCGGCCUGCGCCCGCCGGACCCGGGCCCCGCUCCCGCCGGACGCCGCCCCCGCCGUCGUCCCCAUCCCCGUCCUCCCCCGGGCCCUGCUCCCGGCCCGUCCCCUCAGCAGCGCCGCCCGGCCCGGGGGAGCCCGCCGGGGGCCCGCCCGCCCGCCCCAGCAGAUUUCCAGUACAUUCAUACAGUUGUCCCGCCAGUAUAGCGACUUACCACCUCUGACGUUGGAGUCCAUUAAGGAGCGCGUACUGUAUGUCCUGAAACUCUACGACAAGAUCGACCCAGAGAAGCUCUCGGUAUCUUCCCACUUCAUGAAAGACCUGGGCUUGGACAGUUUGGACCAAGUGGAAAUUAUAAUGGCCAUGGAAGAUGAAUUUGGGUUUGAAAUUCCUGACAUCGAUGCAGAAAAGCUAAUGUGUCCACAAGAGAUUGUGGAUUACAUUGCAGAUAAGAAGGAUGUGUACGAAUAAAUUCUUUUCUUUGCAUUCAGGAAAUCCCUUUUCACUUAGAGGACUCGGAUGAUACCAGCGAAUGUUUGAAUGUGACAUCGCAUUGCAGGGCUGCUGCUGCUGCUUCUGUCAAGAGUAUUUCUGUUGGAAGUUGUAUUUAAAUUGUCUGAAUAUAUGUUGGCCUUUAAAAAUGAUCACAGAAUACCA